UGGGGGCGGGCCUAACGCAGGCUCCCACUCUCGGCGGUCUGGCCCACACAGGCGCUACUCUGUGGCAUCUCGGGUUCCCUCUAGCCGCACUCUGGAGGCCUACACUCGUUUUCUUUUGGCCGUGAGAGGCCUCGCAGCCUUCGCUGAGCUGGGAGAAAGAUGGCGGCAGCCGUGCGACAGGAUUUGGCCCAGCUCAUGAAUUCGAGCGGCUCUCAUAAAGAUCUGGCGGGCAAGUAUCGUCAGAUACUGGAAAAAGCCAUUCAGUUAUCUGGGGCAGAACAGCUAGAAGCUUUAAAAGCUUUUGUGGAAGCAAUGGUAAAUGAGAAUGUCAGCCUCGUGAUCUCUCGCCAGUUGCUGACUGAUUUCUGCACACAUCUCCCUAACCUACCUGAUAGCACAGCCAAAGAAAUCUAUCAUUUCACCUUGGAAAAGAUCCAGCCUAGAGUCAUUUCAUUUGAGGAGCAGGUUGCUUCCAUAAGACAGCAUCUUGCAUCCAUAUAUGAAAAAGAAGAAGAUUGGAGAAAUGCAGCCCAAGUGUUGGUGGGAAUUCCUUUGGAAACAGGACAAAAACAGUACAAUGUAGAUUAUAAACUGGAGACAUACCUGAAGAUUGCUAGGCUAUAUCUGGAGGAUGAUGAUCCAGUCCAGGCAGAGGCUUACAUAAAUCGGGCAUCAUUGCUUCAGAAUGAAUCAACCAAUGAACAGUUACAGAUACAUUAUAAGGUCUGCUAUGCACGUGUUCUUGAUUAUAGAAGAAAAUUCAUUGAAGCUGCACAAAGGUACAACGAGCUCUCUUACAAGACAAUAGUGCACGAAAGUGAAAGACUAGAGGCCUUAAAACAUGCUCUGCACUGUACCAUCUUAGCAUCAGCAGGACAGCAGCGUUCUCGGAUGCUUGCUACUCUUUUUAAGGAUGAAAGGUGCCAGCAACUUGCUGCUUAUGGAAUCCUCGAGAAAAUGUACCUAGAUAGGAUCAUCAGAGGAAAUCAACUUCAAGAAUUUGCUGCCAUGCUGAUGCCUCACCAGAAAGCAACUACAGCUGAUGGUUCUAGCAUCUUGGACAGAGCUGUUAUUGAACACAAUUUAUUGUCUGCAAGCAAAUUAUAUAAUAAUAUUACCUUUGAGGAACUUGGAGCCCUUUUAGAGAUUCCUGCAGCUAAGGCAGAAAAGAUAGCAUCGCAAAUGAUAACAGAAGGACGUAUGAAUGGAUUUAUUGAUCAGAUUGAUGGAAUAGUUCAUUUUGAAACACGAGAAGCCCUGCCAACAUGGGACAAACAGAUCCAAUCGCUUUGUUUCCAAGUGAAUAACCUUUUGGAGAAAAUCAGUCAGACAGCACCAGAAUGGACAGCACAAGCCAUGGAAGCCCAGAUGGCUCAGUGAAUCCUUGCAGACCUUCUGUGCACAUUACAUCUUUUUCCAUGUUGUACAGAUUAAUUUCACUAUCUCUCAAAAGCAUUUGCAUCAUGACCUUACAUAUUUCAAUCCCUUUUAUGCUGGAUUCAAUUUAAAGAAGACAUUAUUAGAGCAGGAAGUACAAGCAUUUAAAAAUAUGUAGUUCCCAUUUAUUCAGGGUCUCUGUAUCAGGCUAACUCAGAUGUUUUGAAAGCUUUUUCUUUAAACAGAGUAAGUGAAGUAUCUGUGGCUAAAAAGUUUGGGAUUUGUGAUAACUUUGUAGUUAUGUAAAACUUAAGUGCUUUGUGCCUCUCCACAUGUGGUUAUCUAAUAAAUGGAGAAGUGAGCCAAAUAAAAGUAGUACUUUGUUUUUAAUUA